AAAACGACACCCCCGUUAACCAAAAUCCACGAUACAAACUCUCACCAGAAACCACACCACAGAGUAACCAUACUGUUCUUUUUUCCCUUCUGUUUCAAUGGCUAGCAAAUUAGCCUUCAAUUUGACAUCUCCUCGAGUCUUCACUGCUCCUAUUCAAAAACCAAUCAUCUCUUCAUCUUCAUCAUUGCCAUCCUUAUCAUCUCCUUCUUGCUCUACCAGGGUUCAACUCAAUGGAAAACAGUUUUCUCUUCGCGGAAGAAUGCUUUUUCUUCCUACCAAGGCCACUGCUGACCAGCAAACUGAUCAAGUCCAAGAAGAUGACAUGGAUGAUGGUAAGAUCCUGCAAUAUUGUAGCAUAGACAAGAAAGGCAAGAAGUCGUUGGGUGAAAUGGAGCAAGAUUUUCUGCAAGCGCUACAAGCAUUUUAUUAUGAGGGGAAAGCUAUAAUGUCAAAUGAAGAAUUUGAUAAUCUCAAGGAGGAACUAAUGUGGCAAGGAAGCAGCGUGGUUAUGCUAAGUUCUGAUGAACAGAAGUUUCUUGAAGCCUCUCUUGCUUAUGUAUCAGGGAAUCCAAUCAUGAAUGAUGAAGAGUUUGAUAAACUGAAGAUCAAAUUAAAGACAGAAGGCAGCGAAAUAGUUGUUGAAGGUCCAAGAUGCAGUCUUCGUAGUAGAAAGGUUUAUAGUGACCUGUCUGUUGACUAUUUGAAGAUGUUCCUGCUGAACGUCCCGGCAACUGUUGUCGCACUAGGCUUGUUUUUCUUCUUGGAUGAUCUCACUGGUUUUGAAAUCACUUAUCUUUUGGAGCUCCCAGAGCCGUUCAGUUUCCUUUUCACCUGGUUUGCUGCAGUGCCCCUCAUUGUUUGGUUAGCUCUGACACUAACAAAUGCGAUUGUGAAAGACUUUUUGAUCUUGAAGGGCCCCUGUCCCAACUGUGGCACGGAGAACGGCUCCUUCUUUGGAACCAUAUUGUCUAUUUCAAGUGGUGGAGCCUCCAACACCCUUAAAUGCUCAAAUUGCUCAACUGAAUUGGUGUACGAUUCAAAAACACGCUUGAUUACACUGCCAGAAGGAAGCGAAGCUUGAUUAGAGGAACUGUCCAUUUAAGGGAUAUACAGUACAACUGCUACUAACUUGUAAGUUUGGCAGCGAAGAGUUUGGCGAACAACCGUGGAGGAGAGAUUUUCAGAUGCUGUGUACACUGGAGUGUAUCCUAGUGAUUGUGCUAAUAUUGUAUAUGCAAGUAUGUACAUGUUUUAUAUAUACAUCGACCUAUCACAGGCUUGUUAAUUAGAAGCUGAGAGCAGUUUGCAUGUUA